AUGGAUGAGAUGAUUUUUCUUCCACCCAAAGUUAGAUUUGGAUCCCAAUUCAAUUCCAGAAUGGAUAAUUCUAACAAUCCACCUAAAUCCAAAUGUAAUGCCAUUCAUCGUCAAGGACAAGGUGUUCAUGUUUCAGAUUUUUUAACAGAAACUAUCAGUCCGCUAAAAGAUGAAUAUAAUAUAGCUAGAGUAACUAUGGUAUUGGAUGCAAAUAGUGAUGGAUAUUGGAAUGGAGAAAAAUUAGUCAUACAAUUACUUUGUGCAAUUGAUAUUUUUGAGCACGCACAUCCAAAUUGUAUUGUUAUAUGGGCUUUUGAUAAUGCAACUUCACAUACUGCUUUUGCAGCUAAUGCUUUAGUUGCAAGUAAAAUGAAUAAAGGACCGAGUGGCGCAGUACCAAAUUAUGCAUGA